ACUAAUUGUCAAGAAAAGAUAACGAACAUAACAGGUCAGAGUCAUCCUAAACGAAUCAAACAUUGCCGCAUCACUAAACUUAUUCGUACGUGAACGAAUUCUUGUCACUUCCAAAAAAAUGUUCUUGCCUGAUGUUACUCAAGAAAAAGGAUGGCAGACAAAAAAUAUUUUGAGUAUCUCUAAAGGCUCAAAAUUCUUGACAUCAACGCCCAUUAAAAAAAAACUAGACAACGAAUUGGAAGAAAAUUGGCCAUCCCCAGUGAUAUCAUGUAGGACAACUGCUGUCUUAGGCUUUCCGGAACACAAAAGUAUAAUUGAUAGGCACAUAAAGUUGGCGCCAAAAAUGGUCAUAAUGGAUUCUGAUGAAGAAGAUGAAUUUCAGAAAAAAACGUUUUCAUUGAAUCACAAGCCAAAGAAGAUAAAAGUUCGGGAACAGGAUGGAAAUGAAAAAGUUGCUUCUAUCAAUAAUGAUUGUCUAGUGAACGACUCAGCAGAGAAUGGUGAAAUAUUACUACAAAAAAAUGCAACUCACAUUGAAACCAGCUCUUUUAGAAGAAGAUCGAUUAGGCUCCAAAAUACACUGCUAAGUGCACAACAUGAUAAGAAGAAAUGUAAUUUGAGUAAGCCAAAAAAUCAAGAGUCAAAAUCUUACGAGAAGCCUGCAUCUAACAAUAAGACUACAAGGGCUACUAGCUCUAGGAGAAAGAAGGUACCAACCAUAGUUGAUUCUGACAUGGCAAAGACUGCAGAAGUAAAAGUACAGCUCACUUUGUUGGAAAAUCAACACAGAAAAAAUAUAAAUCUGAAGACUUCCACAAAACUGUCAGAAACUACACAGAACCUUGAACCUGAGAUGCCUGGUGGUGUAUUAGAAGAACAUGCAGAUAGCCGUGAGCUGAUGCUCAGACGGUCUAAUCGAAAAAAAUGCCCCCCAUUAGAAUACUGGAAUGGGGAAAGGAUGAAAAUCUCUGGGUCUCCAGAAUCGUGUCUUCACAAAAACACACCACAAAAAAAAUUAAACAAAGGCUCAUCUGACAAACGGGUGCUAAAGAUUGAUCACCCAAGUCAAAAGAUCUCUAAUACGACCCAAGACUGGCAAAUUAGUCACAAUCCCAAGAAAAGAUUGGCUAUGACUGACGAAAAAAACGAGCUUGAUAAACCAGGUGCCAAAGAAAAAAGGACCAUAAAAUCUAAGAGGAAUAUUGAAUUUUCCACCAUCAAAUCAGGGAUUACAAUAAUUGGGCCAACGAUUGCAGAGAAUUCAAAAACAGAUUGGCUGGCCAACUUCACUGAGAUGGACUUAUCAAAAGCUCAUCUACCAAACUCUGAAGGAUGCCUUAUAUUCAAUGGAUUGGUUUUGGACCAAGGAAGCAUAUCAACCGGAAUUAUGUUAUUGGCUCCCAAGUCGAUAAACCGAAGUGAUGCGCCAAAUCUUCAUAAUUUGAUAUUUUGUGUCAUGACAGGCACUGUGAGAGUGCUGACUGACAAAGCUAGCGAACACGUGAAAAAAUAUAGUCAUUUCACAGUGCCUUGUGGUGUUACAUGUACUAUAGAAAAUUCAUCCAGACGAAAGGCGGUUUUAAGUUUCAUCAUGGUUCCCUGCAACGCACAUAUCGUGGGAAAGAAUGCAGAUUGUACUUGUGUAAAGUACAGAUCAAAACUUGGAGUUUCUCGUUAAAAAAAUGGUGGUAAUGAUUUUUAGGAAGCGAUGUUCUGCGCCACGUCAGCAGGAGAUAUGGUUCCGUGCUCAAACAAAACUCGCAACACAAAGUCUCCCAGGUGAACAGGUCCUUACUUCAUCACAGUAUUACAGGGUACAUAGAAAUCGCCACCGAUCGAAAAGCAUCUGCAGUCUUCGAAGAGCGUGCAAUUUUUCUGUUAUAUCACAAGGCGUGAAAUAUAUGGAAGGCGUAUAAUCUUUCGACGGAAUACAUCACCGUUCUAACAUAAUUGGAC